AUGGCGUCCCAGGCCUUGUUGGAGCUGCCGCCCCCUAACCAAAGCCAGCAGACCCCACCCAACAUCACCUCCUGCCAGGGUGCUCCAGAAGCCUGGGGCCUCCUGUAUAGGGUGCUACCAGGGUUUGUCAUCACCAUCUGUUUCUUUGGCCUCCUGGGGAACCUUUUAGUCCUGUCCUUCUUUCUCCUGCCUCGGCGGCGGCGGCGGCAGAGGCAGCACCGCUUAACCAUAGCAGAAAUCUACCUGGCUAACCUGGCAGCUUCUGACCUGGUGUUCGUCCUGGGCCUGCCCUUCUGGGCAGAGAACAUUGAGAACCGUUUCAACUGGCCCUUUGGCACUGACCUCUGCCGGGUGGUCAGCGGGGUCAUCAAGGCCAAUCUGUUCAUCAGCAUCUUCCUGGUGGUGGCCAUCAGUCAGGACCGCUACAGGUUGCUGGUAUACCCCAUGACCAGCCGGGGAUACCGGCGGCGGCGGCAAGCCAGAGCCACCUGUCUGCUCAUCUGGGUGGCAGGGGGCCUCCUGAGCAUCCCCACAUUCCUUCUGCGGUCUGUCAAAGUCGUCCCCGACCUGAACAUCUCUGCCUGCAUCCUGCUUUUCCCCCACGAGGCUUGGCAUUUUGCAAGGAUGGUGGAGUUGAACAUUUUGGGUUUCUUCCUGCCAUUGGCUGCCAUUAUCUUCUUCAACUAUCACAUCCUGGCAUCCCUGAGAGGGCAGAAGGAGGCCAGCAGGACCAGGUGUGGGGGUCCCAAGGGCAGCAAGACGACAGGGCUGAUCCUCACACUGGUGGCCUCCUUCCUGGUCUGCUGGGCCCCCUACCACUUCUUUGCCUUCCUGGAUUUCCUGGUCCAGGUGAAAGCAAUCCAGAACUGUGCCUGGAAGGAAUUCACGGACCUGGGCCUGCAGCUGGCCAACUUCUUCGCUUUCAUCAACAGCUGCCUGAACCCACUGAUUUAUGUCUUUGUGGGCCGGCUUUUAAAGAGCAGGGUCUGGGAACAUUAUAAAUGACGCACUCCCAGAAGCCUCAUGCCCGUAUCCCGCAACGGGAAAGAACUCUUCCAACGGUUCUGACAGAAUUGAAACAGCAGCAAGACAAGAAGCCUGGCUUCUUGACCAACUGUCUGAUACUGUAAAGACCAUCUGGUUGGCUGACCCACGGCCCACAAGGAUGCCUGGGAAAAUGCUGCUAGUAGGGUAGCAGGGACCUU